AUGAAAAAAUAUUUAAUCGUCCCAUAUUGAAUCUGGAAUUUUGGUUCUUCCCAGAAUUUGUACUACUUUAUAAUGUCUAUAAAAUAAAACCGUGGAUUAUACCAAGCAAAUUCCUUCUUUUUAAUUUGAAUACAAAUGAAAAUGUUAUUCAAAAUAAAAACCAAAAACAAAACUUUUUUCUACCAUCAAAUAAAAAAAUAAAGAAUCGAAGUCAAGAAACAAAAGAACCCCCAAGUCAAAGAGAGCGUGGAUCAGAUAUAGAAAACAAAGGAAAUCUGAGCCCUGUUUUUUCAAAACAUCAAACCGAUCUUGAAAAAGAUUACGUGGAAUCAGACACAAAAAAGGGUCAAAAUAAAAAACAAUACAAAAGCAACACGGAAGCAGAACUAGAUUUGUUCUUGAAACGUUAUUUGCUUUUUCAAUUGAGAUGGAACGAUGCUUUGAAUAAAAGAAUGCUCGAAAAUAUCAAGGUAUAUUGUCUCCUGCUUCGACUGAUAAAUCCAACCAAAAUUACUAUAUCGUCAAUUCAAAGGAGAGAAAUGAGUUUGGAUAUAAUGCUGAUUCAGGCAAAUUUACCUCUUACAGACUUGAUGAAGAAGGGGGUAUUGAUUAUCGAACCUAUUCGGUUGUCUGUAAAACAUAAUGGACAAUUUAUUAUGUAUCAAACCAUAGGUAUUUCAUUGGUUCAUAAAAGUAAACACCAAACUAAUCAAAGAUACCGAGAACAAAGAUAUGUUGAUAAAAAGAAUUUUGACGAAUUCAUUCUGCAACCUCAAACUCAAAGAAUAAAUACAGAAAAAACUCAUUUUGAUUUGCUUGUUCCUGAAAAUAUUUUAUGGUCUAGACGUCGUAGAGAAUUGAGAAUUCGAAGUUUUUUUAAUUCUUUGAAUUGGAAUGUCGUCGAUAGAAAUUCAGUAUUUUGCAACGAAACCAAUGUAAAAAACUGGAGUCAAUUUUUGGGUGAACGGAAACCCCUUUAUAAAGAUAAAAAUAAAUUAAUUAAAUUUAAGUUCUUUCUUUGGCCUAAUUAUCGAUUAGAAGAUUUAGCUUGUAUGAAUCGUUAUUGGUUUGAUACCAAUAAUGGUAGCCGUUUCAGUAUCUUAAGGAUACAUAUGUAUCCACGAUUGAAAAUUAAUUGAUAGUACUAUAUACCCUGUCUCGUAUAGAGUAUCUGAAAGCAAACAAAUGCAAACAUGCCUUGUUUUACAUCUCAUUCGAAUCUAAUUCGAGUAGACAAUACUAAAUCAAUAAAAUAAGGUAUUGAUUAGAUCUAGAAAUGAAUCAACAGAAUCUUCUUCAUUUUAGGAUUUUAGGUUUCAAUUAUUCGCUUUUGUGACUGAAAAAAACGUACCUACCACCUUUUUGGAUUCCUAUCUGAAUCAAAUUUGAAAUUUGAUUAAUUUAUUGGAAUUGCUAAAAUUAGAGGUUCAUAAAGAAAUUAAGUCUAUAUACCACGUUCAAAUUACUGGCAUUAUUAUUACUGAUCAAUAAAAUUCUAAAAAAUCCAUAUCUGUAAAAUAAAGAAAGGGGAAAUUCAUUUAUGGUAAAAAAUUCUGUCAUUUCAGUUAUUUUUCAAAAAGAAAAGAAAGGAUCUGUUGAAUUUCAAGUAUUCAAUUUCACCAAUAAGAUACGGAGACUUACUUCACAUUUAGAAUUGCACAAAAAAGACUAUUUAUCUCAGAGAGGUUUGAAGAAAAUUUUGGGAAAACGUCAACGACUGCUAGCUUAUUUGGCAAAAAAAAAUAGAGUACGUUAUAAAGAAUUAAUUAAUCAGUUGGACAUUCGAGAGACAAAAACUCGUUAAUUUGAUUAAUUUGAAGAGUUAUUUCAUUUUCACUUAUAUGUUUCGAUUAAAUUUUGAUGAACUUCUUUUCACUUUCAGUAAUUCAUGGAAGAAUGAAUCGUUAAAAAACUUAUGACUGCACCAACUACAAGAAAAGACCUCAUGAUAGUCAAUAUGGGGCCUCAGCACCCAUCAAUGCACGGUGUUCUUCGACUCAUCGUUACUCUAGAUGGUGAAGAUGUUGUCGACUGCGAACCAAUAUUGGGUUAUUUACAUAGAGGGAUGGAGAAAAUUGCGGAAAACCGAACAAUUAUACAAUAUUUGCCUUAUGUAACACGUUGGGAUUAUUUAGCUACUAUGUUCACAGAAGCAAUAACCAUAAAUGGACCCGAACAAUUAGGCAAUAUUCAAGUACCUAAAAGGGCUAGCUAUAUCAGAGUCAUUAUGUUGGAGUUGAGUCGGAUAGCUUCUCAUUUGUUAUGGCUCGGUCCUUUUAUGGCGGAUAUUGGUGCACAGACCCCUUUCUUCUAUAUUUUUCGAGAAAGAGAAUUGAUAUAUGACCUAUUCGAAGCUGCCACCGGUAUGCGAAUGAUGCAUAAUUAUUUUCGUAUUGGAGGAGUGGCUGCCGAUCUACCCUAUGGCUGGAUAGAUAAAUGUUUGGAUUUUUGCGAUUAUUUUUUAACAGGGGUUGCUGAGUAUCAAAAACUUAUUACCCGGAAUCCUAUUUUUUUAGAACGAGUUGAAGGCGUAGGCAUUAUUGGGAGAGACGAGGCAGUAAAUUGGGGUUUAUCGGGACCAAUGCUACGAGCUUCCGGAAUAGAAUGGGAUCUUCGUAAAGUUGAUCAUUAUGAGUCUUACGACGAAUUUGAUUGGCAGGUUCAAUGGCAACGAGAAGGGGAUUCAUUAGCUCGUUAUUUAGUACGAAUCGGUGAAAUGACAGAAUCCAUAAAGAUUAUUCAACAGGCUCUAGAAGGAAUUCCAGGAGGGCCUUACGAAAAUUUAGAAAUGCGACGUUUUGACAGAUUAAAAGAUCCUGAAUGGAAUGAUUUUGAAUAUCGGUUUAUUAGUAAAAAGCCUUCUCCAACUUUUGAAUUGUCGAAACAAGAACUUUAUGUGAGAGUUGAAGCCCCAAAAGGAGAAUUGGGGAUUUUUCUGAUAGGAGACCAGAGCGUUUUUCCUUGGAGAUGGAAAAUUCGCCCACCAGGUUUUAUCAAUUUGCAAAUUCUUCCUCAGUUAGUUAAAAGAAUGAAAUUGGCUGAUAUUAUGACAAUACUAGAAAUAGAGACUAUCAAUUCUUUUUCCAAAUUGGAAUCCUUAAAAGAAGUCUAUGGGAUCAUAUGGAUGCUUGUCCCUAUUGUGACUCUUGUAUUAGGAAUCACAAUAGGUGUACUAGUAAUUGUUUGGUUAGAAAGAGAAAUAUCUGCAGGAAUACAACAACGUAUCGGGCCUGAAUAUGCCGGCCCUUUAGGAAUUCUUCAAGCUCUAGCAGAUGGGACAAAACUACUUUUGAAAGAGAACCUUAUUCCAUCUACAGGAGAUACUCGUUUAUUCAGUAUUGGGCCAUCCAUAGCAGUAAUAUCUAUCUUUCUAAGUUAUUCAGUAAUUCCUUUUGGUGAUCACCUUGUUCUAGCCGAUCUUAGUAUUGGUGUUUUUUUUUGGAUUGCCAUUUCAAGUAUUGCUCCCGUUGGACUUCUUAUGUCGGGGUAUGGAUCAAAUAAUAAAUAUUCCUUUUUAGGUGGUCUACGGGCAGCUGCUCAAUCAAUUAGUUAUGAAAUACCAUUAGCUCUAUGUGUGUUAUCAAUAUCUCUACGUUGAUGUUAUCAUCGACUAUGAUUAUCUAACAGUUCAAGUACAGUUGAUAUAGUGGAAGCGCAGUCAAAAUAUGGUUUUUGGGGGUGGAAUUUGUGGCGUCAACCCAUCGGGUUUAUCGUUUUUCUAAUUUCUUCUCUCGCCGAGUGUGAAAGAUUACCUUUUGAUUUACCAGAAGCAGAAGAAGAAUUAGUAGCAGGGUAUCAAACCGAAUAUUCAGGUAUCAAAUUUGGUUUAUUUUACAUUGCUUCAUAUCUGAAUCUACUAGUUUCUUCAUUAUUUGUAACAGUUCUUUACUUGGGAGGUUGGAAUCUUUCUAUUCCGUACAUAUUUGUUCCUGAGCUAUUUGGCAUAAAUAAAGGGGGUAAAGUCUUUGGAACACUAAUUGGUAUCUUUAUCACAUUAGCCAAAACUUAUUUGUUUUUGUUCAUUCCUAUUGCAACAAGAUGGACUUUACCGAGGCUGAGAAUGGACCAACUAUUAAAUCUUGGGUGGAAAUUUCUUUUACCGAUUUCUCUAGAAAGAAACAAGCAUAAAAUCUUUUUUAUAGAUAUUCAACAUAUGCUCCCUAUGAUAACUGAAUUCAUAAAUUAUGGUCAACAAACAAUACGAGCCGCCAGAUACAUCGGCCAAGGUUUCAUGAUUACCCUGUCCCACGCAAAUCGUUUACCUGUAACUAUUCAAUACCCCUACGAAAAAUUGAUCACAUCGGAACGUUUCCGAGGCCGAAUACACUUUGAAUUUGAUAAAUGCAUUGCUUGUGAAGUAUGUGUGCGUGUAUGUCCUAUAGAUUUACCCGUUGUUGAUUGGAAGUUGGAAACUGAUAUUCGAAAGAAACGAUUGCUUAAUUACAGUAUUGAUUUUGGAAUCUGUAUAUUUUGUGGUAAUUGCGUUGAGUAUUGCCCAACAAAUUGUUUAUCAAUGACCGAAGAAUAUGAACUUUCUACUUAUGAUCGUCACGAAUUGAAUUAUAAUCAAAUCGCUUUGGGUCGCUUACCAAUGUCAGUAAUUGAUGAUUACACAAUUCGAACAAUUUCGAAUUUACCUCAAAUAAACAAUGAAUAA